UCAAAAUAAGAAAUCGAUAUUUUCGAUGCAUCGAUCUUUUUCAGAAAUUCCUAUUUGAAAUUCCUGCUAAGGAUGAUAUAGAUUUACGAUGUUUUGCUUUAAAAACUUUCGUCAAAGGCUUAAUCUAAGGUAUAUUUCUUCGUUGGUGCAGAGUAAAGCAUAUAUUAAUGGCAAAUGGGUUAAAGCAGAGAAUAAUGAAGUUUUCGAAAUUAUCAAUCCAGCAAAUGGAUCUGUGGUUGGAUCUGUGCCUAAUAUGAGCGUAAAUGAUGCUAGCCAAGCAGUGCAGGCGGCAAAGAAAGCAUUUGAGUCUUCGCAAUGGUCCAUGUUUACGGCCAAAGAACGCUCGAGUUUAUUGAAGAAAUGGUAUUGUUUGAUUGAGGAAAACGCUGAUGAGAUAUCUUCAAUUAUGACUGCUGAGUCUGGAAAGCCACUAAAUGAAGCCCGUGGAGAAGUUGCUUACGGUAACGCUUUUAUUGAGUGGUUUGGUGAAGAGGCUCGACGAAUUUAUGGAGAGAUUAUCCCAAGUUCAACCAAGGAUCGAGAAUUAAUUGUAUUAAAAGAACCAUUGGGCGUAGCUGCGCUUAUAACCCCUUGGAAUUUCCCUAUGGCAAUGAUAACUCGAAAAGCUGGAGCAGCUUUGGCAGCAGGUUGCACUAUAGUUAUCAAACCGGCGGAGGACACACCGCUAACAGCUUUAGCCCUUGUUAAACUUGCAGAGCAAGCCGGUUUUCCAGCCGGCGUUAUAAAUAUUGUUACAACAAAUAAAGCACCUCCAAUAGGCGACUUGUUUUGCAAAAGUCCAGAUGUAGAAGGUAUAUCGUUCACAGGAUCAACAGAAGUAGGGAAAUUGCUAUUUCGAAAUUCGUCUGAUGGAAUUAAACGCAUAUCAUUGGAAUUAGGUGGCAAUGCCCCAUUUAUUGUAUUUAACUCAGCAAACUUAGAUAAGGCCGUUGACGCUGCCGUUUCAUGUAAAUUUCGUAACUGUGGGCAAACAUGCAUAUCAGCAAAUCGCUUUUUUUUGCAGCAAGAAGUACACGACGGAUUCAUAGAUUUACUAAAGCAGCGCGUCGAAUCUUUGAAAGUUGGUGACGGUUCUAAACCGGGUAUUCAAAUUGGGCCACUUAUAAAUAGUAUGCAAUUUAAUAAGGUUAGUGCAUACGUAGAGGAUGCUCGUUUAAAAAAUGCUAAUAUAAUACUAGGAGGCAAACCGCUAAAGAACUUGGGGAAUUUAUUUUACUCUCCAACUAUAAUCACAGAUGUACCAACUAAUGCCAAAUUAUAUACAGAAGAAGUUUUUGGACCUGUUGUCUCCAUUAUGAAAUUUAAUACUGAAGAAGAAGUUAUACAUGCUGCUAACAAUUCCAGGCGGGGACUGGCUGGGUAUUUUUUCAGUGAAAAUAUACAACAAGUAUUUCGGGUAGCGAAGCUUCUGGAAGUGGGAAUGGUGGGGGUGAAUGAAGCACUGAUUUCUGCCGCCGAAGCUCCUUUUGGAGGUGUCAAAGAAUCAGGCAUAGGGCGUGAAGGUUGUCAUCAUGGUAUAGAUGAAUACGUCGAAAUUAAGUAUAUAUGUAUGGGUAACUUAAGAUAUUGAAAGUUGUUUUCACGAUUGGCUUGUAGUUAUAGUCAAAAUAAAGUCGACUCCAAAGAUAAAAACAGCUUUUUUGACAGAUAUCCCAUUGAAAGUUAUGUACGUAUGUCAAAAAGCUUCUUUUAACUUAAGUGUCGGCUAUAACUACGGACCAUUGAAUUUGGUAAAAGCUAUGGUCUUCCAUAAAAGAUCUUAUUAUUAAGGAAUAAAUGAUUAUUAUAUUAUGAUUUUUGAGUUUAGUUAUACAUCGAUUUAUGUAAUUUCAUGCGUAUUUUAUUAUAUAUAAAAGAAAUGUUAGAUGGA